GCUGCGGAGGGGCGUCCGGUUACAUCUCCGCCUUCUUCAGCCUCCGGCCGGGGAGCCGCUGGGUUUGCGGGACUGGCGAUCCGGUACGCGUUGGCCGCGAUGCGCCGGAGCGGGGCUGCGUGGACGCGGGCGCUGCUGCUGCAGUUGCUGCUGGCGGGGCCCGGGGGCUGCUUGAGCCGUCUGGAGCUCUUUCCCUUCGGCCCGGGACAGGGGGACUUGGAGCUGGAGGCAGGGGACGACCUGGUCUCCCCCGCCCUGGAGCUGAACGAGGCGCUCAACUUCUACGACAGAUCCGACAUCUACUCGAUCUACGUAACUACAAAUGGCAUCAUUGCUAUGAGUGAACCUCCAAUGGAAGAAACCCAUCCUGGACUCUUCCCCCCAACAUUUGGCAUAGUGGCACCAUUCCUGGCAGACUUGGACACAACCGAUGGAAUUGGGAAGGUUUAUUAUCGAGAAGACUCAUCUGCCCCUGCCCUUGAGCUGGCAGCUGACUGCAUUCAGCGAGGGUUCCCAGAUGUCACCUUCAUUCCCAACAGUGUGGUGGUCGUCACUUGGGAGUCUGUGGCCCCCUAUCAAGGGUCAAGCAAGAACCUUGCCCAAGAGAAUAAGAGAAAUACAUUCCAGGCUGUUCUGGCCUCCUCGGAUUCCAGAUCCUAUGCCAUUUUCCUUUAUCCUGAAGAUGGUCUGCAGUUCUCUACAACAUUCUCCAAGAAGGACAAGAGCCAAGUUCCUGCUGUGGUCGCCUUCAGCCAGGGCUUAGUGGGAUUCCUAUGGAAGAGCAGUGGAGUUCAUAAUAUCUUUGCUAAUGACCGAGAAUCAAUCAGAAAUUUGGCCAAGAGCAGCAACUCCGGGAAGCAGGGCAUUUGGGUGUUUGAGAUUGGCAGUCCCAACACAGCGAGCGGUGUGGUGCCUGCAGACCUGAACCUGGGUCUGUAUGAUGGAGAAGAGUAUGAAGAUGAUGAUUAUGACCUUGUGGCACGCCAGGAUGUGGAAGAUUUAGGAACUACAGCCUUCCCCUAUGCAUCUGCCGGAAGGGGAGACAGUGGUCCAUACAAGUCAUCUAGAGUUCUCACCCCGCACCACCUGGCUACUGUGAGACCCCCAGGACACCGCACGGAGAGAAAUGCAUCUGUCGAGUUACCAGUGGAGAGCUUCCCCCAGCAGCACCCACAGGUCAUUGAUGUGGAUGAAGUGGAGGAGACAGGAGUUGUUUUCAGCUACAACACGGAUUCCCGCCAGACAUGCGCCAACAAUCGGCACCAAUGCUCUGUGCAUGCGGAAUGCAGGGACUUCAGCACAGGCUUCUGUUGCAGCUGCGUGUCCGGCUACAUAGGCAAUGGCCGGCAGUGUGUCGCAGAAGGUUCCCCCCAGCGAGUUAACGGCAAGGUGAAAGGAAGGAUCUUUGUGGGGAACAACCAGGUACCCGUAUCCUUUGAGAACACUGACCUGCAUUCUUACGUAGUGAUGAACCAGGGACGUUCCUACACAGCCAUCAGUACUAUUCCUGAGACUGUGGGCUAUUCUCUGCUUCCUCUGGCCCCUGUUGGCGGCAUCAUUGGGUGGAUGUUUGCAGUAGAGCAGGAGGGAUUCAAGAACGGAUUCAGCAUCACAGGGGGCGAGUUUACCCGCCAGGCUGAGGUGACCUUUGUGGGGCACCCGGGUAAGCUGGUCAUCAAGCAGCGGUUCAGUGGCAUUGACGAGCAUGGACACCUAACCAUCGACACGGAGCUGGAGGGCCGAGUGCCUCAGAUUCCCUUCGGCUCCUCUGUGCACAUUGAGCCCUAUACGGAACUCUACCACUACUCCCGCGGGGUGAUCACAUCUUCCUCCACCCGGGAGUAUACGGUGACAGAGCCUGAGAGGGGUGGAGCUACCUCUUCAAAUAUCUACACGUACCAGUGGCGCCAGACCAUCACCUUCCAGGAGUGUCCCCAUGAUGUCUCCCGGCCUGCCCUGCCCAGCACUCAACAACUCUCGGUGGACAGUGUCUUCGUCCUGUAUAACCAGGAGGAGAAGAUCUUGCGCUACGCUCUGAGCAACUCCAUUGGUUCUGUGAGGGAUGGCUCCCCAGAUGCCCUUCAGAAUCCUUGCUACAUCGGCACUCAUGGGUGCGACACCAACGCAGCCUGUCGGCCGGGCCCCGGGACACAGUUCAACUGUGAAUGUUCCAUCGGCUUUCGGGGAGAUGGCCAGACUUGUUAUGAUAUCGACGAGUGCUCUGAGCAACCCUCGGUGUGUGGGAGCCAUGCGGUCUGCAAUAAUCUCCCUGGAACCUUCCGUUGUGAGUGUGUUGAGGGCUAUCAGCUUUCAGACACGGGAGUGUGCACAGCUAUUGAGCACCAGCGCCCCAUCAACUACUGCACAGCUGGCCUACACGACUGUGACAUUCCUCAGCGGGCCCAGUGUAUCUACACGCAUGGCUCCUCCUACUCCUGCUCCUGUCUGCCGGGCUUCACGGGGGAUGGCCGAGCCUGUCAAGAUGUGGAUGAAUGCCAGUUGAACCGGUGUCACCCUGAUGCCUUCUGCUACAACACACCAGGCUCCUUCAUGUGUCAGUGCAAACCUGGCUACCAGGGAGAUGGCUUCCGCUGUGUGCCUGGAGAAGUGGAGAAGACCCGGUGUCAGCAGGAGCGAGAGCACAUCCUGGGUGCAGCUGGACGGGUUGACUCCCAGCGGCCCCUGCCACCUGGCCUGUUUGUCCCUGAGUGCGACGAGCAUGGACAGUAUGUGCCCACCCAGUGCCACGGCAGCACGGGCUACUGCUGGUGUGUGGAUCGAGACGGCCGGGAGGUGGAGGGCACCAGGACCAGGCCCGGGACCAGGCCUCCCUGUCUGAGUACAGUAGCUCCCCCGAUUCACCCCGGGCCCCCCGUUCCUACUGCCGUGAUCCCCCUGCCCCCCGGAACCCACUUGCUCUUUGCCCAGACGGGGAAGAUAGAGCACCUUCCCCUGGAGGGAAACACUAUGAAGAAGAUGGAAGCCAGAACGCUGCUCCACGCCCCGGAUAAAGUCAUCAUUGCUCUGGCCUUCGACUGUGUAGACAAGAUGGUUUAUUGGACUGACAUCAGUGAGCCUUCCAUUGGGAGAGCCAGUCUGCAUGGUGGAGAGCCAACCACGAUCAUUCGACAAGAUCUUGGAAGCCCUGAAGGUCUUGCAAUAGACCAUCUUGGCCGCAACAUCUUCUGGACAGAUUCUAACCUGGAUCGAAUAGAAGUGGCAAAACUGGAUGGUUCCCAGCGCCGGAUACUGUUUGAGACUGGUCUGGUGAAUCCCAGAGGCAUUGUGACAGAUUCUGUAGGAGGGAACCUUUAUUGGACAGAUUGGAACAGAGAUAGCCCCAAAAUUGAAACUUCCUAUAUGGAUGGUACGAACCGGAGGAUUCUUGUGCAGGAUGACCUGGGCUUGCCCAACGGGCUGACCUUCGAUGCCUUUUCAUCUCAGCUCUGCUGGGUGGAUGCAGGCACCAACCGGGCUGAAUGCCUGAAGCCGGGUCAGCACAGCAGACGCAGGGUUCUUGAAGGGCUCCAGUAUCCUUUCGCGGUGACGGGCUUCGGGAAGAAUCUCUAUUACACAGACUGGAAGACGAAUUCUGUGGUUGCUGUAGAUCUUGCUAUUUCUAAAGAGAUGGAUACCUUCCACCCUCACAAGCAGACCCGGCUAUAUGGCAUCACUACUGCCCUGUCUCAGUGUCCCCAAGGUCACAAUUACUGCUCUGUGAACAAUGGCGGCUGCACCCAUCUCUGCUUGGCCACCCCAGGAAGUAGGACCUGCCGCUGCCCUGACAACACGCUGGGAGUCGACUGUAUUGAGCGGAAGUGAAGACGAGUGCCUUGUUCCCUCUCCAUGUAUUUUCACUGCAACACCCUACUUGAAAGGGUUCAGACUAAAAAACGGUCUGUUCUGGUGGCAGAGUGGCCACCAGGUUCAGAUUCAUCCCAGUCUGAACACCAACGAUUUUCCCCUCACUGUUCCCCAAAGCAUAUUUUAUGAACUUCUGAAAUGGGAACGCCUCUAUCCCUACAAAAGACAAAAAAUCCCUAACGCAAACUUCAGACAAUCUUAUACCACCUAGAGUAAGGAUUAUAUGCCUAUGUGAGUGUUCUGGCACCUUCGUCCAACUUUAGCAACCCAGUGGUGAGCAGAACCUCCCCUAAGCCUGAGCUGCCUCCUUCCUCAUGGCCUCAGGAGCUCAGCUUCACUCUGAAUCACCCUGUGAGCUCCUCAGCUACCAGCCAGGGCCACCAACGUGAGCCUGUGAAUAAAGGAGGGAUUAGGCCCUCCCAUAAUUUUUUUCUUGGUGCUCUGAUUUCUUCCUAUAUAUUUCUAGCUUUAGCCCCCAACUUCUAUACCAACUCUAUCCUGCCCCAAGGCUUUCAUAAUAGUGAGUAUGCCUUGUUUUUGAUUAAAACCAUCCUAAUCUAGAAAUAUAUGAGAAUUUGGUGUGUGAAAAUGAGCAGCCUUUCCCAGAGAAGUUGUUGAGAUUCCAGUAGUAGCAUAAGGUUAAAUCGAAGGAGUGUCUAGUGUUCAGAAUUUGAUGGUGUACAAUCAGAUGUUUGAAGAUGGUGAUUCUUUGAUGUGCCUUAAAUUAUCCAAAGAUUGCUGUAUUAUUCCUCUUUUUCCAAAGCAGCUAAAUCCCAGCUUCUGGUCUCUUGGGCCCCACUUCUGGCACUGAUGUGCAGCCUCCUCGGAAAAAUGCAUUUGAGGCAUAGCUGGAGAUGGUACCAGUGAUAAGAGCCCUCCCCCAAUCUCUCAUCUGGCCUUCACUCAGGAGGGCCAAUCUACAAUCCUCCAUGAGCUCACCUCUCCAUUGUCUCUUCCUUUAUUCAUGGCCCUUGCUUGCUGUAUUCUCAUCCAAAGAUAUAGUUCACAAGGGCCAAACUGAAUGUUUAUACUAGUGUGCCAGACCCUUUAUGGUUCGUUGUGUAAUUAAAGUACCCAUUGCCACACUUCAUGUUUAUGUUUCUAUGUUUAUCUGGAAAACAUCUCAGGACUAUAUGAGUAGUUAGUGUUAGUGCUUUUGAUUAAUUGCUUCCCGGAGUCCUAAAGCAAUAGAAACAUUGGUUUGAAAGCUGAGCACAAGGUGUUUGGUUCAGUAAAAAUUUGGGUAAGAGAGUAGAAAAUAUUCAGUAAAAGGUAUUUUUAGCAACAGUUGCUAAAAAGCAAAAAUGUAAAUCCAAGAGGAAAGGGUAGAGGAGGAUUUCACAAGAUCAAUUAGGAAAACCCUUAGAUAAAUCCAAAGAUAAAAUGGAACAUUUUGCCAAAGAACAAUUAUAUUUAAGGAUGUAAGCACAUAGAAGAAUUUGGCUGUUUGUCUUUAAGGAAAAGAUCUCUCUCCUUAUCUCUUUUACACCACACACACACACACACACACACACACACACACACACACACACCUUGAAUAAUUAGAGGCUACUUAAGAGAUGGAUAUAUAUCCCCAGAAAUCACAGAAUUGGGGGAACACAUCAUUUUUAUAUAGACAAAUCCCAUAAAUAAGUUUCACUUUUCUUUUUUAUAUUUACCAACAUGUAUCAAUCCCUCUAUAUCAAAUGUUCAUCAUAAGUUUGUUUAAUUUUUAACUAUUCAUUUUAUUACAUUAAUUCUAAAGUGUUCUAGUGGUGAACUCUUAAGCUGUGGAAACCAUUAAAGGUGCUUAUUAACUGUUCCCCAGACUUAUAUACAUUUUGGAUGAAUCCUGAGUUUACAGCUGUAUAAAUAAUAAUGCAGAAAAUAAAAAAAAACCUUUUGUUGAAAAUCUUUGUAUGAAUGAAAAGAUUUAAUGUCAGGAGACUUGAUCCAUCCUGGAUCAAGACUUGAUCCAUCCUGGAAAGGUAUCCAUAGUAAGCCUGACUAUAG